GUCUAUGGUUUGGCUUGUGUUGAAUAGGUGUGUGGCGUCGCUUGAUAUUGUGGAAUUGCGUGAAAAAUAGUUUUAAUACCCUCGUUUAAAUUACAUUUUGUCAAAAUUUAGACCAUAUACCUGCCGCUAUUUCAAUAGCAUUUUGUACGUGCUGCUGGAACAGCGUCAGACAUAGCGGAUUAAUUUUCAUUCUCGGAAGCAUCAUCACAAACCCUCAAAAUGACUAUGGACAUUAGACCUAACCACACAAUAUACAUUAACAACUUGAAUGAGAAAAUAAAAAAGGAAGAACUAAAGAAAUCUCUUUAUGCUAUAUUUUCUCAGUUUGGCCAAAUAUUGGAUAUUGUGGCGUUAAAAACACUGAAGAUGAGAGGACAGGCUUUUGUUAUAUUCAAAGAAAUCUCGAGUGCCACUGUUGCUCUAAGAAGUAUGCAGGGGUUCCCGUUUUAUGACAAACCUAUGAGAAUCCAAUACUCAAAAACAGACAGUGAUGUCAUUGCCAAAGUUAAGGGUACAUUCCAAGAGCGACCAAAGAGGCCUAAAAUGCCCAAAGGUUUGGACGAGAGCAGGAAGAAGAAGAAGGAUGCAAACAGAGCUGGUAUCCAUGGUGGACAGGGUGGCAUGCUCAACAAUGUCAAUGCUGAACAGCCUCCUAACCAGAUCCUAUUCUUGACUAAUCUGCCUGAUGAGACCUCAGAAAUGAUGUUGUCUAUGUUGUUCAACCAAUUCCCUGGCUUCAAAGAAGUGCGUCUAGUCCCCAACAGGCACGAUAUUGCCUUUGUUGAAUUUGCUAAUGAAAUGCAAUCUGCCGCAGCAAAGGAAGCCCUCCAAGGAUUCAAGAUUACACCUACUCAUGCUAUGAAGAUAACAUUUGCAAAGAAAUAGUUUUAUUUAUUUAUAUUUACACUGUACCGAUGUAUUUUAGUUUUAAUAAAGUUUAAGAACUUGAGAA